AUGGCGCUUGUAGAGCGUCGCUGUUGCUCAAAUCCUGCAAACAGUGCACGGGUAGUUGGAGGUAGCUGUGACGGUUCCUGGGAGGGUAUCGAUGAAUCAACCCCAGAUCCAGGGUUUUUCGAUGCUAAGAAGCCUGCAAAGGCCCUUGGAAAGCUCAAUAAGCGUGGUUCGUCGUCAAAUCAGGAUCUCCUAUCAGGCGAUUCCCGGUAUUGGAUUUACCAUGUUGAUAAGCUGGAUUUCUUAGAUAUGCUUUACAGCGUACGGAUCCAAACUUAUACCACACAAAAUAUUAAGAGCGGCUUUUCACACACUGGGAUUGUGCCAUAUAAUCCACAAAAAGUCCUAUCUCAGUUGCAAAUUGCUGUCCGGGAGGCUACUCCAGCCUCAAUUCGCCCUAGCACGUCAAGCAGCAGCACCUGGAGCCCAAAAACGCCUUACAAUGCCCGUACGCUAGAAAAACAGGCCAAAUCUGUCAAGAGAUCUCUCAAUAUGGGAGAUUUAGACAGCAAUUCGCCAUCGUGUCCGGCUUUUAACCAGUUGAUCAAGGGAUCCCUUGUAGUGAUGCACCAAGCUGCCAUUUUAGCUAGGGAGAACCAUAACCUACGCGAAGCAAAUGAUAUUUUACAGAAGCGCCGCACUCGCCGUACAAAAGCCCUACAAGCCGAUGGUAUUUUGACAGUCGCUGAAGGCCGAGAGCUUGCUCAGGAGCUUCCUGAAGAGGCUCAACCCCCUCCUCCACCCAACGGGAGCGCGCCUUUGCAGCCAGCUCAACGGGCCCCCCCAAGGGCAUAA